GAUCGAUUGAGGAUCAAAAUUCCCUGCUCUUUCAGUUCACCCAGAGGGAUAAGAGGAGGGGCUACUCGGCGAUACCAACCAGACCGCGGACGGGCGGCGCCGCGACUACUGCAGGUCAGCCAAUCGAGCGGCGGUGCGGUGACUCCAGAGAACACGGGCGCGUCCACUCCGGCGACCUCGGAGUCUCGGACCGCCACGAGCGGCGCCAAGGCUCUAGCUCGAUCCCCAAGGUGCCGGCUCCCAUUCUCUCCUUGGGUCCGGAUCCGUACCCAGCAGCUCGCCGCAGAACCGUUCCCUCUUCGGCAGCCAGUUUGUGCUCUGUCUUGGGCCCUCGAUGGGAAUCAGAGUUCGUGGAAGCAAAGCAGAGCGGGGGGACUCAGGAAUUCCUUCACCAAUCAACAAAGAGUCCAAAUAAUUUCAGUGUUCCUGUUCCAGUCUGGAUUCGGAUUUGCUUCACCUCCUCGGAGUCGGGGUGAGGCCUCGGCCGGAGAUCUAUAAGUAUUGGCAGGACUUUCCUGUUCUCUCAUCAAGACUGCGACUUGAGGCUCUGCUUUAACUGGCUUGUCUUCCAACAGAGAGGCUCUGCUCUAAGCCAUGGAGACCUGUAGCAUAGCCAGGAUAAUCAGAUUGCAAGACCUAGCUAUGUACCGGCACAAGUUGUGCUCUCUAGUCUUCAGACUUUUGCCUCAACUGCAAGGUUUCCCUCCACUCAAGAAAUUCUGCAAAGAUGAACAUGUUCAUGUGGCACUGUCAGAGACCAAGAUGGCAGCCACAUUGCCGGAGCUGCCGAAGGACAUCUUGAUACUUAUCUUUGCCGCUCUCGAGAUCCCCGACCUCAUGCGCGCUGGCUCUGUCUGUUCAUCCUGGCACUCCGCAUACGCUGAGUUACGCACCCUUGGGAAGUACAAGCAGGGCCAGACGCCUUGCCUGGUCUACACCUCUGAAUCUGAUCCUGAUGAUGUUUUGUCCCUCUACAGCCUUGCCGAGAAGAGGUCCUACAAGUUAACUCUGCCACAGCCACCUAUCCGCAGCAGGUAUUUGAUUGGGUCCUCACAUGGCUGGCUUGUUACCGUCGACGAGAGGUCUGACAUGCACCUUCUGAAUCCAAUCACCUGUGAACAGAUUGCUCUCCCUUCAGUGUCCACCAUUGAGCACGUGAAGCCCAUAUUUGAUGAGCAUGGUAAUGUCUGCGAGUACGAGAUGUCAUGGCACACUGGAGCGUGCAAUAGUCGUAAUCCAACCAUCUUUGCUCUUGCCGAGCUGAGGGAUAGACUCCAGCGGAAGGCGUUUGUAUUUCCUGACACAACCACCGGAAGCUACAUUGUGGUGCUCAUCCACAAUCCACAAGCUCAGCUCUCAUUUGCAAAGGCAGGGGAUGAUAAGUGGACCUGGCUACCGCCUCAUUAUCUUCACGACGACUGCAUUUACAAGGAUGGCAUAUUGUAUGCAGUGAAUGUAAAAGGGGAAUUCCACGCAUUCGAUCUUAGUGGCCCUGUGGUCACUGUGAAGACGAUUAUAAUGAUACCUGAGCAUUAUGAUUGUUGUAGCAGGUACGUCGUUCAAGCUCCAUGGGGCAGGCUGCUACUUGUUUUUAGAAUAGUUCAUGACCAUGAUUUAGAACCUCAACCUGGUUCAUCUGAGUACUGGAAGACUACAGAAAUUAAAAUAUGCGAAAUUGAUGCUCUGUGGAAUAAAACUGAGGCAAUCAAUUGCUUGCGUGACCAUGUGUUAUUUCUUGGUCAUAAUCUAUCGCUAUGCCUCAGUGCUGAUGAAUAUCCUGCUCUCAAGGCAAAUCGUUCCUAUUUUACCGACGAUAAUUUUCUGUGGACAGCGGGACAUAAGAACAAUCAUCGUGAUAUGGGAAUUAUUAGCUUGGAUGAUAACAGCAAGGAGGAACUUGUGUCUCCUCAGCUUUGGUCCAACUAUCCAGCUCCAAUGUGGAUUGUUCCUGAUCUUAGAAAGAUCUACGCGAUGGGUUCAAUGAGCCAAUAACUGUGAAGUGAACUGCUACAGUCGCAAUUAACACGAGGUGCAGUACAACAAGACGCUACUACUCGAGUCUCGAGAGAGAGGUCCUGUCUGUGCUCCAAAAAUGGCCUGCCGAGGGAGUGCUGAACAUCAACAUCCUUUUGUGCUCAGUCUUUUGAUGACACUGCUGGUUUGGUAGUCAGAGAUGAUAUAUGCAGGUGUUUUCAGAAAAUCUUGGAUAAGAUGGAAUCAUCGCGUAGUUACAGCAAUCUGACAAUGUUUAUGUUUCAAAUAGUUUGUAAUAGUUUCGUCAAGUACUGUACACGUGCUCUUCAUAAUUUAUUGCAAAAAUAAAGAAAUGUAUGUGACUUUGGUGUUGUUACUGGAAUCAAACAGUGUUGUUUCCUACAGAAAUGAAAAUAAUAAAAUAUAAGAGCUCUCUGUCAUAUCGUUGCACACAAGGAAAUAUAAGAGCUCCCAAGGAUAAUA